CCCAGCUAUACUUUAAUUUCAAUUUACCUCCAGGACGCCAAUUCUGGACAAGUUUCAUAUUAAAAUAUGUCGUCUGGACAAAGAGAAAAUGUGUUUCCUACUAGAAUGACACUUACAGCCAUAAAAACUCGUCUCAAGGGAGCUCAAACGGGACAUUCACUAUUAAAACGAAAAUCAGAGGCUCUGAAAAAAAGAUUUCGCGAAAUUGUAAUGAAUAUUGAUCAGGCUAAACAAAAAAUGGGACGUGUCAUGCAGAUAGCCGCUUUUUCGAUGGCUGAAGUGGGCUUUGCAACGGGAAGUAACAUCAAUUUUGAAGUGCAGCAGUCUGUGAAGCAAGCGCGACUCAAAGUUCACUCCAAGCAAGAAAAUAUUAGCGGAGUUUUUCUUCCUGCGUUUGAAACAAAGCUUAACGAAAAUAUAGAUGACUUUCAAUUGACUGGCUUAGGUAGAGGAGGACAACAAAUUCACAAAGCUCGACAAGUAUACGGGAAAGCCGUAGAAACUCUUGUUCAAUUAGCUUCCUACCAAUCUGCAUUUAUUCUGCUAGGUGAUGUUCUACAGGUAACAAACCGACGUGUAAACUCAAUUGAACAUAUUAUAAUUCCAAGACUGGAAAAUACUAUAAAAUAUAUCGAAUCCGAGUUGGAAGAGCUUGAGCGUGAAGAUUUUACACGAUUGAAGAAAGUACAAAAGACCAAGGAACAAGGAGAAGAGAAUGAGGCUGUUAAAGAUACUACAGAAACUGGUGCCAAUGUAAUCCAGGCUACUUCCGAAGGUGAAACAGUUAAGCCUCCUUCUACUGAAGUUGGACAGCAAUUUGUUUCAGAAGUAGAGAAAAAUUCCGAUAAGGAAGAUUCUUACUCACUUCCUUCAACCUCUACUAACGUAUCUGGUGAUGAGAAAGCGGAUUCGGACGAAGAUGUCAUUUUUUAGACGGGUGAAUUUUUUUUUCUCGUCUUUAACCCAGAUUGGUUAUACACAGUUCAUUGUUCAAUGCUUUCUGUAAUACUCCUAUUUAGUUUUGUAUAAACUACCUUUAAUCUAAUAAAACGUCGUAUUUUGGUGUUCUUGCCUUUUGCACAAUAAUACUUUUGUGUUGAUCUUUCUUUUAGCCCAUCUUGAUGCCAGUUAUAGUUGUCUGUUAAAUUUGAUGAGCGACAUGACUAUUUACAUCUAAUAUACAAUUAUGCAUACAAACUAGAAGAAGUGGUGUUGAUAUCGUUAUUCCAUUACAGGUUUUCAUUAACAGAAUUUUUUUAUAAAACAAGUAACUUUUGUAAUCUCAAAACCAAACU